AUGGAAGAAUUGCAAAAUUCAAUUUAUCAAGAACUUGAACAAACAGGAGUUCUUGACUAUUGUAAUUGCCCGAGGAUGGCACUAUCUUGCGCCAUCCUCGGGCAAUUCAAAAAUGGCCCCACACCGGGAAUUGAACCCACGUGUGGGGCCAUUUUUGGUACCUGGAAGUCGAUGUUCUCCACAUACCAAAAAUGGCCCCACACGUGGGUUCAAUUCCGGUGUGGGCCAUUUUUUUGAAUUGCCCGAGGAUGGCGCAAGAUAGCGCCAUCCUCGGGCAAUUACUAUAUAUAAGAGCUGCAUUAAGAGCCAAAAUUUUCCAAGCUGUGGAUAUGCAUGAAAGCAAAGCAGGCUUCAAACGCCCAGAAACCAAAAAGAUUUUAGAAACAGAAAUCGGACAAAUAUGUUCUGAGCUUGCACGAAAUUUUUUAGAGUGCUUUAAAAUUAAGCAUACUUUGGAUAUAUUUUUACAAGAAAGCCAAAUUCCAGCAGGAAAUGAAAGCGUUCAGCAGCUUGAGCGUAUUUUUGGUGUAAAAUCAGCGCCGAAUAGGCCAAUUUUACUAGCAAUUGUUGAAGGCCUUUUCCCUCCAGGUGAUGAAGAAAUUGAAGGGACAACUGAGGACUCUGAAGAGGAAGAAGAAGAGCCAGAGCUUCCAAAUGUCUCAAAUAAAAACCAGCAAAAGCCUCCAGGCCAUAUGUCUCCAAGAUCCCAGCGAAUGUACCAAGACCAUCAUCUUGAAUCAGGAUCUUCAAUAGAAGAAAAUAUCGAAUCCAGAGAAUCAAUUGAAGAUUAUAAGCAUGACGAACUUGUCGAGUCUGGUGGAACAUCAUCAUUGGGCUAUGACCAAAGCGUGAAUUCCUUAGCUUUGAAGAUAAGAAAUAAAAUGGUGAUGUCGACGGAAAUUGGACUCCGAGGCUCACCUCCUAUGGAGCUGGUAGGACCCAUUGCUGAUGAAGCUGAAGAUACAGGUCUCACUCCUGUCCUAAGUAGGCCUUCAGUUGUGGGGAAGCCGUGCCGAAGAGUUCGAUUACAUUGAGCCAAUAAAGAAGCCAAAACGGUAA